UGCACGUGUUGGUCUCUGUGUGGGAGUUUACUGUCCUGAGCCCCUCCUGGGACAGUGGGCAGCAGGGGACUGUCUGUUCCACAUGCUGAGGUCUUCCCUGUGUGUGUGGUGGUGACUCAGGAAGGGGCUGUGUCAAUUCUAAGCAUUAAACAGCCUGUUUCCAGCUUUGAAGAUCGACCUCUAAAGACUCACGUUGUCUGAGGAAGAAGCCCAGAAGAGGAGGGAGAGGAAAGAAAAGGAGUCAGAAAUGGCUCUUUCUCAGGGACUGUUAACAUUCAAGGAUGUGGCCAUAGAAUUCACUGAGGAGGAGUGGGAAUGCCUGGACCCUGCCCAGAGGGCCUUAUACAGGGAUGUGAUGUUGGAGAACUACAGGAACCUGAUCUCCGUGGUGUCUUCCGGUCGAUGAUUGUUCAGCAGUUAGUUGUGAUUCCAGUGUUCUCGCAAGAGGGAGUGGAUUUCUGCAUUUUAACUGUUCCCUGUGUAUGCAAAAGGAGGCAAGCAGUGGAUAUCUCUUAUAUGCACGUGAUUGAGAUACUACAACUGAAAGCAAAUACUGAUAGAGGAGAAGUAUUCCAAACAGUGAUGUCAGAAAGACAUGAAAGGAAUGAAAUGAAACAUUUUUACCUCAGCGAUGUGCAAGAAAAUAUAUAUGACUUGGUGUCUCAGAAGAGAGACGAGGAAAGUAAUUACAAACGAAUACCUAUAACCCAUAACGAAAAUCUCCCUGAGAAGGGAGAUCAACAUGUUAGGAGUGUUGCAGGAAUCAAGCCUAUUGAAAACAGGCUGGCAUUAAGGUUUUGGGUUGAACUGCAUAUAUUUAAAAGUGAAGAGAAGGUUGAUGAAUUUAUUCGAGUGGACAAGGAUAUCAGGAGUAGUGCCUCAUUUUCACCACUUGAAGGAACUUCUUCUAGUGUGCAAAACAACAUUUCUAAUACAUAUGCGAGUGGUUUUGUGCGUCCUUCAGUAGUGACACAAGAACAAGAAGCACACAGGGAAAGAUCUUACAAAUGUAAUCUGUGUGGCAAAACCUUCCUUCAGGGAUCAUACCUCAAAAGACAUCAGAUCUUCCAUACAGGAGGGAAAGUACAUAAAUGUGAUGAUGUAUGUGAAAAAGUCUUUACUCACAAUUCAUACCUUGCAAGUCAUCAGAGAACUCAUACUGGAGAGGAACCUUACAAAUGUAAUGAGUGUGGGAAAAUCUUUCAUUACAGCUCAGAACUUGGAAGACAUCAGUUUCUCCAUACAGAAGAGAAAUUACAUAAAUGUGAUGUAUGUGAAGAUGUCUUUAUUCGAAAUUCAUUCCUUGCGAGAUAUCAGAGAAAUCAUAAUGGGGAGAAACCUUAUAAAUGUAAUGAGUGUGGCAAAUUCUUUAAUCAAAAAGCAUACCUUACAAAGCAUCAGAGAGUUCAUAAUGAAGAGAAGUCUUACAAAUGUAAUGUGUGUAGCAGGGUCUUCAAUCGAAAUUCAAAUCUUGAAAGUCAUCAGAGAAUUCAUACUGGAGAGAAACCUUACAAAUGUAAUGACUGUGGCAGGUUCUUUUCUCAAAAGCCAAACCUUGGAAAGCAUCAGAGAGUUCAUACUGGAGAGAAACCUUACAAAUGUAACAAGUGUGGGAAAAUCUUUCAUUACAACUCAAAACCUGGCAGACAUCAAUUUCUCCAUACAGAAGAGAAAUUACAUAAAUGUGAUGUGUGUGAAAAUGUCUUUCCUCAAAAUUCAUUACUUGCAAGAUAUCAGAGAAGUCAUACUGGGGAGAAACCUUAUAAAUGUAUUGAGUGUGGUAAGUUUUUUAGUCGAAAAGCACACCUUAAAAGUCAUAAGGGAACUCAUACUGGAGAGAAACCUUACAAAUGUAUUAAGUGUGGCAAGCUCUUUAGUCGAAAAAGUAACCUAACAAGACAUCAGAGAAUUCAUACGGGAGAGAAACCUUACAAGUGUAUUGGGUGUGGUAAGUUCUUUAGUCGAAAAGCACACCUUAUAAGACACCAGACAAUUCAUACUGGAGAGAAUCCUUACAAAUGUAAUCAGUGUGCCAAGGUCUUUAGUGAAAAAUCACACCUUGUAAGUCAUCAAAAAAUUCAUACCGGAGAGAACUGAUACAAAUGUAAUGAGUUUGGCAAAACCUUUUAUCACAUCUCAGCCCUCACUCAACACCUGAGAAUCCAUACAGGACAGAAAUUAUAUUGGGUUGCCCAGAAGGUUCAGUUUUUUCUGUAAGAUGGCUCUAGGAGCACUUAGUUGUCUUUAACUUCAUUCAAACAGUUUUGUUAGAUUUUAUGUGACAGCUGCGAUGUCAGCGUGCAUUUUAAAAAAAGACAUCAAAAUCGGUGAAUUUUUAUGUAGCCAUUUUAAUAUUGAAGAUGGAGGGCUUCCCUGGUGGCGCAGUGGUUGAGAAUCUGCCUGCCAAUGCAGGGGACAAGGGUUCAAACCCUGGUCUGGGAAGAUCCCACAUGCCGCGGAGCAACUAGGCCCGUGAGCCACAAUUACUGAGCCUGCACGUCUGGAGCCUCUGCUCCGCAACAAGAGAGGCCGCGUUAGUGAGAGGCCCGCGCAUCGCGAUGAAGAGUGGCCCCCGCUCGCCGCAGCUGGAGAAAGCCCUCGCACAGAAACGAAGACCCAACACAGUCAAUAAAUAAAUAAAUAAAUAAAUAAACCCAAAAGUUAAAAAAAAAAAGAAUGAAAUCCAUUUUAAAAAAAUAUAUAUAUUGAAGAUGGAAGGAAAAAAGCAACCGAAACGCAAAAAAAGAUUUGUGCAGUGUAUGGAGAAGGUGCUGUGACUGAUCGAACGUGUCAAAAGUAGUUUGCAAAAUUUCGUGCUGGAGAUUUCUCAGUGGGUGAUGCUCCACGGUCAGGUAGACCAUUUGAAGUUGAUAGCGAUCAAAUUAAGACAUUAAUUGAGAACAAUCAACGCUAUACCACGUGGGAGAUAGCCGACAUACUCAAAAUAUCCAAAUCAAGCAUUGAAAAUCAUUUGCACUAGCUUGGUUAUGUGAAUUGCUUUGAUGCUUGGGUUCCACAUAAGUUAAGCAAAAAAAAAAAACCCUUCUUGACCGUAUAUCUGCAUGCGAUUCUCUACUUAAACAUAAUAAAAAGUUCUGUUUUUAAAACAAAUUGUGAUGGGUGAUGAAAAGUGGAUACUGUACAAUAAUGUGGAAUGGAAGAGAUCGUGUGGCAAGCAAAGUGAACCACCACCAACCACACGGAAGGCUAGUCUUCAUCCAAAGAAGGUGAUGUUGUGUCUAGAGUGGGACUGGAAGUCCUCUAUCAUGAGCUCCUUCCAGAAAACCAAACGAUUAAUUCCAACAAGUACUGCUCCCAGUUAUACCAACUGAAAGCAGCACUUGAUGAAAAGCAUCCAGAAUUAGUCAACAGAAAACGCAUAAUCUUCCAUCAGGAUAACGCAAGACCACAUGUUUCUUUGAUGACCAGGCAAAAACUGUUACAGCUUGGCUGGGAAGUUUUAAUUCAUCCGCCAUAUUCACCAGACAUUGCACCUGUGGAUUUGUUUAUUUCAGUCUUUACAAAAUUCUCUUAAUGGAAAAAAUUUCAAUUCCCUGGAAGACUGUAAAAGGCACCUGGCACAGUUCUUAGCUCAAAAAGAUGAAAAGUUUUGGGAAGAUGGAAUUAUGAAGUUUCCUGAAAAAUGGCAGAAGGUAGUGGAACAAAAGGGUGAAUAUGUUGUUCAAUAAAGUUCUUGGUGAAAAUGAAAAAAAUGUGUCUUUUAUUUUUUCUUAAAAGCAGAAGGCACUUUUUGGCCAACUCAAUAUAAAUGUGAUGAAUUUGACAAAGUCUAUAGUUGAAAUUGAGACCUUGCAAU